AGAACUGCGUAUCAACUGCAUAUCACGUCGAGUCACACCUCAUCAACUUCAACCUCUGCUUUUAUCCUUAAAUAACUCGCCAUUCUCUUUCCAUCUGUCAUCUUCUUCUCAUCGCCAACCCUGAAUCUCCGUAAUGCCCCAAAUCCCUACUGCAUAACCAUUAAUUUCUCGCCGAAAUGGCCUCCCGCGACCCCUCCCUUGCUCCUUCUGAGAGCGAUACUAUCGACGAGCAAACAGAGAUUAUCAAACCUGAAGUUUCCGAAUUAGAACCUGAUCAGUCACACCUCACCGAUGACCAACCCUCCACCCGCACUCCAGGCUCUGGUCGCCGUACACAACGACCCAGAACAGCCACGAGUAAGAAAUCAAAAGCGAAAAAGGGCGCCAUCUGGAUCCAGGAGCAGCUCCACGAUGGCACCGAAGAUGAAGGGAGCAUCAUAUCAGUUUCCCAUUCUCGUAACAAAAAACAAGAAGCCUCCCCCGAAUCCGAACCUCGCACAAUUGGAACUGCCGUUGGGACCAGAAGACAAGCCAAUGGCACCGUAGGUUCAGUCUACUCUGGGAGCAAGAUCAGACACAUCAAAAAACCAGACGGUACUCCUCUCUGGCGAAAAGAAAUCCAGUUCGAAUUCCUGCGCAUCGUGAUUGAAGACACCAAACCAGUCUUCACGCGCAUUAGUGAUGGCCAAACUGGUUGCAACUUUGCUGAUGUCUACAUUGACUGCAUGGCUCGCAGCUCCAAGACUAGCAAGAUCCUCAAGGACAGACUGCAAAUCGAUCGACAAGCUGCCCAAAACAUGGCUAUGAUCUGUUUGCUGGUCAACAUUGGCAGAAUGAACACCACCCUCAACUUCUUUCCCGAGAUGCGAGCUCAGCUGAGAACCUAUCAUUCCAUCCCUUCACUACAAGCAUACAAAAGCCAGAAAGACUACAAAUCCUUGCAAGAUGCCCCUCGCCUUAAGAGCAUCUUGAAAGGUGCAAGUGAAGACACCGACGAGCCUCGAACAAUCACCGCCAUCAAAGCCAAAUCCAUCCCUAGGACAAACCCUGUCAACCUUAUCUUUAUUCUCUCCCAAUUUGCCCCUACCGUUAGCGAGAGCCACUUUACCGAUAAAGUUGAUUUCUUUGACCUAGCUAUGCGCCACACCAUUAGUUCUGAAAGUCGAGCUAGAGCUUUCCUCUGGCUCAUGUGGUUCUAUCUCGAAUCCGACUUUUCCAAACACGAUGCUUUGAACAAUCCAUUUGGCCCGGGAGAGUACAAAGAAACAGAAGAUCCAGAGGACCCCAGUAUCGUCCCCCAACUGGUCCCGAAGCUAGUCAACAUCAGCGAGGAAGAAGGCGACGCCGAGAACGUUGAUACCCCCGAGGAGGUUGCAUUUGCCAAGAAAAUGACCAAUGAACGCAAGAGAAUCAUGUUGGAGGUCGCCAACGAGCCGCCUUUGGUCAUGGCAGAUCCUAGCAAUCCCGAUCACAAGACGCUGAAGCGUCUUAAAAAGACCGCUCUUCACGGAGACGAUGAUUCCAUGCUAUCAGAUGCCGACUCUCGAGGAAGUCCUGGCAUGGGCCGAUCCCCCGCUCCAGAAUAUCAUCAACGCGGCCACGUCAUGAGUAGCCUGGGAGGUCAAGCUGAUAGCCUGGAGGACGACUGGGAAGCCGUCGAUCCACAUCCUGGCCGAGGCAGAUAUAAGCGUGUUCGAGGCAAAAACACCCCCAGCCGCUUGAGAGGUGGCCCAAGACAAAGUGAUGGACCCAGGAGCCUCCUCAAGUCAAGUCGACGCGUGGGCACUCCUGAUACUGUCGAUCGUUACCGAGGAACCCCGCAGCCAUUGCAGCCUAGUUCUUUGUCUCUUGGUCGCACAAAUGAAACGCCGCUUGCCGGCGCCAUAAUUACCAAGUCACGGGCGCGCACAGGCUAUCAGCGUGAGCUAGAAGAGCACAGAAUGCGUCGUGUCGAGUGGGCGCUACGUCGACAACGCCGUAAACUUCUGCGAGAAGCUCGCGCUCUGCGUGAGGAUGAGCGAUGGCUUAUCAAGACUACUCGUCGUCUUACGGAACUCCCGGGAACGUACGAUUCCGAAGAAGAGGAAGAAGGCGGCGGUGUUGGCCUCGCAGGUCUCCUUGCCAAACGCUGGGAUGCGGAGCUCGUUGAAGGUGAAUCAGCUGGAAUGCCCGCUGGGUAUGAGCCUGAUGACCUCGGUGAAGAAGCCGAGACCUGGACCAAAAUCCUGAAAAGAAGUCGACGCAGACUUGAUAGAUGGGGUGGAAUCUCCGAUUUCACCGCCUACACUGCACACAUCGCGGGUCCUUUGGACGUCGACGUCCUUCCCCCUCCACCUCCGAGCAAAGGGGCUUCCAAUGGAGCACGCAAAGUGUCCAAGAAACGCCCACGGCCUCGCGAAGAUCGGGAGCGGGUGCAUAAUAUUGCUCCACCCUCCCCUGAGGCUCGAAGCAGUCGCCGGCAUCGCGAUCUCAAUGAUGAGAUCACUCAAGAUCUUCUCGCAGAGAGGAGUGAUGACGAAAUGGAUGGUGAAGACUAUGGUGACGGAUAUGGAGAUGCGGAAAGCGACGUAGACAUGGAUUGA